ACAGUACCAGCCACCAGGUGCUGAGGAGGUGGCGCCUCGCCGCGGACGCCGCGCGCACUACGGGCGCGGCCAAGGCCAGCCAGUCAGAGCUGAGCGGCGCUGGGUGGCUGCGCGUUGCAGUGGCGUGCCGUGAAACGUGUGUGUGUGUGCGCGCGGUGUGUUCGGCGCGGCGAUGUGAGGCAUGCUGCGGCGGGCAGGUGACCAGCAACAUGCGUGAGGCAUGGCAGGCAACAGGAACAAGGCCUUGUACUCCAUCUGCGUGGCGUGCCUGGGCUUCGUGUGCUUCGCCGUGGGAGCAACGGCCGUGGGCCUGCCUCUGUGGGGAUACUUCGACAACCCGCAAGCGGGCUCGGCGGCCGAGAAGGGCUACUUCGGACUGUGGGUGACGUGCAAGCAGCUGCUGUAUGGCCGCGAGCGCUGCGGGGCCUCCGUGUCCCGCUUCAAGCCGAGCCUGGCGGUGUGGAUAGCCGGUCUCGUGGCAGCCGCUAGUGUGGUUUUGCUCGGCAUUUUCUGCAUUCUGAGCAUCUUCCAGUUGGCUAUGGUGAUGUCCCGUGAGAAGGUGGUGAUGUCGUACGGAGCCGCCGUCAUCACCAAGUUGGCUUGCUGCCUGCUCGCACUGUUGCUGGCAAUCGUGGCUGCCGGCUUGUUUGCCGUGCAGGCGGAUGACAGACAGAAUAGCUUCCAGGUGUCGCGCGGCCUGGCUUUCUACAUGCAGCUGGUCCUCAUCGCCCUCGACUUCGCCCUCUUCGUGCUGGCGACCUACGACGUGCUGUUCUCGCGACGGCCCGGCGGGGACCCCACUGCGCCCCUCGAGGCCGCCGGUGACGCCUUCAACAACCCGGGCUUCAGGGAGCACGGCCGGCGCGAGGUGUCGGUGACGGACGCCAGCGGGCGGCCCUACUCCCCGGCCGGUGCCAACGGCAGCGUGGCGUCCGUCGCCACCAACACCACCACGCUGUCCUCCAACGGCUCGACGGCGGGCUCCGUGACGCGCAGUCCGCUGCGCUCCAGCCUGAAGAAGCCGCGGCCGCGCCAGGACGGGCUGGGCAUCCAGAACCCGGGCUUCAGCGGCCACUCGCCCACGCUGUCGCGAAACGGCAGCUCCAAGAAGGUGCGCAUACAGACUCACAGCACCGCGGUGUGACGCGCUCCGGCCUGAAGCCAGAGCCCUGGCUGUCGCACAAUGGCAGCUUCAAGACAGACACAGCAUCGCGGUGUGAUGCCUUCUCGUAUCUUUGCCACCUCCCUUUGCCGACUGACGGCACCGCGGUGUGACUGACGCCUUCUCGUAGUUGUGCCACCUUUCUUUGCCGAAUUGCUGUGGACACCGCAUUCUUUUUUAUCAAUAUGGAAUAUACGUCGUAAUAGCAACAAAUAAGUAUUUUCAAUGAGAGCAACUUGGAUUUUAAUGUAUGAGCAUUACGUGAGACUCAAAAUCUGCCGUAAAGCAGGAGAGUGGAAUCAGGAAAUAUGAAAGGGCGUUUAUCUGUCAUAAAGACAUGCCGAGGCUGACUUCUGUCCCUUCCCCUGGUCCUAAACAAAAAUUAAAACACAAUGAAACCAUAAGCCACUGGGUUUGAUGUGGAUUGGUUUUUGCAAGAGAGAAGAAAUAAAUGGCUUACAGAAUUUCCAAAAAAAAA